AUGGAUGAUCCCAGUCGCUCCAAGCUCCCUCUGCAAGCCCCUCCACAGUCUGCCCUCCUCGCUCGCCUGCUUCGCGGAGUAGCCCUGCCAGGCGGUGCGCGGCAGGCGGUGCGAGUGCUCUUCUACACCUGGCUCGUCACUGCCAUCGCGCUCGCACACCUCGGCCACUCUUUCCUGCCCCGCUCCCUCGCUCGCCUGCUCCAGCUCCUCCUCACCCUCGUCACCGCACCCUCUGCUGCUUUGUCAAUACAGCUGGGCGCCAUUCCACAGGGCUGGGCGCUGCAGCUAGUGGAGGAGCUGGACGACCUCUAUGGCACUCUCGGGCCCAUCCACGUGGCAGCAGUUCAGUGGGUGGCGCCGGUCCUGCCGCCGCGCGUGAUACAGCUGGCAGUGCGCUUCACUGACAUGCUGGAAGAUGCAGUCUUUCCCGCUGGAAUUGAUGCUGAUGAUGAUCAUCACAUUCGCAUGAUGCUGCCUGCAGUACCCCCCACAACCGCUUUCACCAACAGAUACCACCUCCCCCUGGCUUACCAGCACCAGCAGCACUUCGAAAACCCCCUCCAGCUGCCACCUCUCCCUGCCGCCACCGCUCCUGAGCAGAUGCAACCUCCCCUGCUGCUGCUGCCUGCAGCACCACCGCCCAUGACAGAGCUAGUACCCUUGAGAGAGGGAGCAACUCCAGGCACUGGGGGGAUGGUGACUGGUCAAGGACUAGGAGGAGUGCGAGAGCCGCUGGGAACAGCUGUGGCUGCAACAGCAGGAGAUGCUGGGGUGCAGGCAGGAGCAGUUGUGGCGGAGGGGAGGGCGGUGAGUGCUGGGCGGAUGCCUGUAGAGGGAACGCUUGAUGGCCGUGAUUCUCCUGCUGUUCCUCCUCCUGCUCUUGCUUCUCCUUCUUCUCCUGCUCCUCCUCCUGUUCCUGCUGCUGCCCUUGCUCUUGGUCCUGCUGCUGCUGCUGUCGCUCCUGCUGCCACUGUUGCCAGUCCGCUAAGGGAAAUUAACAGCACAGGGGCGUUUAGGCCUCGGGCUAAGGUGACCUAUUCAGAGGAAGAAGAGAGUGCGUUCACUUUCAGUGGGGUGUCAGGGAUUAGUGAGUCUGACAGUAGCGAGGAUGGUGGUGGUGUGGGGGAUGGGAAUGGUGAGAUGGGGCGGGAGGAAGGGGGAGGGGUGGGUGUAGGGAUGGGAGGAGAGGGAGCAGGGAUGGGAGGGGUGGGAGGAGGGAUGGGAGGAGUGAGAGGAGGGAUGGGAGUGAGAGGGGAAGGUGUGCGGACAGAGGGGGGACAAGAAGGAGGACGAGGGGUGUGGGAGAGGGAGGAGGAGGAGGAGGAUCCAGGGAGAGUGUACUAUGCGCGUGACUUGAAUGUGUUCAGUCCUUCGCAUGGGUUUGCCGGCAGGGGAGGAGGAGGGGGAGGAGGCGUGGGGGGUGAGGGAGAUGAGGUGAGGCGGCGAGUGAGAUGCAAUGUAGAGAUUGCAGAAGAGGAGGGAAAGAAGGAGGAAGAGGAGGAGGAGGAUUUGGAAUUCGCAAGUACAGAGGAGGAUGGUGGAGAGGUGGAGGAGGAGGGGGAUCAGGAGGAGGGGGAGGAGGAGAUGCGAGCGUAUGUGGAUUUGAACUGGAGGCGGGAAGGAGAGGAGAGCAGUGAGAAUGAGCCUGUUGCUCCAGGGCAGAGGGUAAAUACCACUGGCAGCAGGAGAGCAGUAGCAGCAGCAGGAGGAGCAGGGGCAGGGGCAAGAGCAGGAGCAAGGGAAAGGGCGGCUGCAAUAGCAGCACGACGAAACGGGAAAGCGGAGGAGGAAGAAGAGGAGGAUGAAGAGGAAGACUUUCGGAGUGCGAGAGGGCAGUGGGAGGGGGACUCCGCCCGUGGCUCUGCCAGCACACCACGGUCGUCCACCCGCUCCCAGGAUGAUGGUGGAAAUUGCUGGGAGAAGUGGGAAGGGGGUGAAGAGAGCGUAGAGAGGGAAGAGGGAGAGGGGAAAGGAAGGAAAGAGAGGAAUGGGUGGAAAGGAGAGAAAAAGAAGAACGGGAGGAAAUGGAGAAAGGGAGGGAAAGAAAGAAAAGAUGGGAUGGGAGGGAAGGGAGAAGGUUAG